GCGAUUGGCGGUAGCUGUGUUGUGGUGGCGUUAGCUCUUGGAAAGGUUGCAUGUUUUGAUGGUAGUGAGUGUGCACUACACUGUGGGGUGGACGUAAUCAACUAGAGUAGAAUCUGGGCUAGAGAAAGCUGGCCUACAUAUUUUGAAGACAUUAGACGAAAACGGGCAACAAGAAUGGCGUAGAAUUUACAUAUUUGUCCAGAUUAGAUAGAAACAGUGUGACUACCAAUUACUAUUACAGAUUAUUUUACAAGUUUCAUUAGAUCAUUUUGAACUUCUCAGCCAUGGAUGUUGACAUGGAAUUGGAUCAAGAUUUCAUGAACAAAUUUAGUUCAUUGGGGACAACUGACAAGGAUGUGUUGAUCAGUGAGUUUCAGAGACUGUCAGGCAACACCAACCCCAAUGCCUGUGCCUUUUUUCUUGAUAUGAACAACUGGAAUUUACAAGAAGCAUUAGGUGCAUAUUUUGAUUUAGAAGCACCCAGGGAGCGGUUACCGUCAAUGACAUUUGUACGCGACAUUACGAUAGGAGAAGGUGAAUCAGUUCCACCUAACACAGAGUUUAUCAAGACUUGGCGAAUACAAAAUCCAGUUGCUGACCAGAGCUGGCCAGAAGGUGUAUGUCUAAGGUAUAUACAAGGUCAUCAGUUAGGCCCAACAGAUCGUGUGAUGGUUGAGUCUCUACAACCGGGCGAGAUGACCGACGUCAGUGUACGGAUGCAGAGCCCAUCACAGUGUGGGCUUUACGGGGGCCAGUGGAGAAUGUCCACAGCUAGUGGUACAUAUUUUGGAGAUACAAUAUGGGUAAUACUUGAGGUCAAAGAGGGAGGGAUGCUAGGCCUAACACAGCAGCUGUCUUCAUUAGGAAAUAGUUUUAUGGCUCCAACACCUGCACAAAGCCCGUCUAACAAUCCAUUUGGGUCUCCUACCAAGAAUAGUAUAGGUGGCAAUGCUUUAGGUACUCCAUUUAAUUCACCUACAUCUCUCUCAAGUAAUGCCCUUCGUAGUAACCAGUCCCCCUCUGACUGUUUAGCGGUUGUCAGGGCUCCAGUGUUUCCAGGGUCAGUAGUUAUGAAUCACCACACCGAAUCCAGGGAAGAGAAUCACCAUGACAACACAGGGAGCCUGUGUGAAGCAGACCACACAAAUCCAAACCUUCAAAAUGGUGGAACAUUUAAUAAUAAUUUAUAGCAUAUAGAUUUAAUUAUUUAUUAAAGUAAAUCAACUUACCCUACAUGUUAAACCUAAUCCAUUUACUAAUUUAGCAUUUUUAUUUCUGGCUAUAUUUUUUUCUUUUUACCAUGCCAGCUAUCGGUAAUUACUACUGUUAAUGUAGACAAAAAUAUCUAUCAGUAAUUAAUACUGUUGAUGUAGACAGAAAAGUCUAUCAGUAAUUACUGCUGUUAAUGUAGGCAAAAUAGUAUAUCAGUAAUUACUACUAUUAAUGUAGACAAAACAAUCAUGUAUAUUGUGCUAGGAAACAACUAUUGCUUUACAAAGUGCAGGAUAUUUAUAGAAAAUGGUUAUUUUUCUUCUAGUAUAAUACCCCUGUUUUUUAAACUAAUUUUUCUUUACUAUGUAUUCAAUUGUAUGGAUGUAUGGAUUAUUCUAAGAGGACUGUGAAAUGAAUUUCACUCUAGUAGUUGUAAUAUGACUCUUAGAAUAAUAGUUAAAAGGUAGAUGUUUUAAAAGUAACUAUAAAACGGUGAUCUAAAUUUAAAGAACGCAUAUAAAAUGUAAGUGCAAUGCUUACGAAAGGACAAAUAGAUGUCUUAUUUUUAAAGUUAUUAGUUUAUUCAUUCGGUUGUUUGCUUUUAUACAAUGCUAUCUUUGUGAAACUAUUCUUAUGCUGUCUUAUGUUUUAUGGAGCUGGACAUCUUAGGGGAGAUUGUUAAUUUCUUCUCAUCUCUGCCUCAAACAACAGAUGUGUGAACUUCAGCAUAUGUAAGAUAUCUGGUGUUGUUGUAUUCCCUGUCCCUAUGUGUUCAGCUGUAUAGUUUACUGUUCUAUCCCCUUCCUCAUUUUUAAUUUUCAACAUAGUUGCAAUGAAAUUAAGGCUCAAGCUUAAUCUCCAUCUUAAGCUCUGUCUACACUAUCAAAUUUUGUGUGACAAAAAAGUGUGAUAUGACCAUAUAUGGGCAUGAUGACAUCACAACAUGACCAUAUAUAGGCAUAGCGUUACUAUAUAUGGGCUUGUCACAUUUUUUUGUCAAAGAAAAUUUGAUAGUGUGGAUAGAGCUUUAUUUAACAAUUAUUGAAAUCUAAGAAAACAACGUAGUUCAAACGAUUAAUAUGGGAUAAACAAGGAAUGUAAUGUUUAUACAGAAACAUUUUAUAUAAUAUGUAAUGAGGCAACUACAUUGCCAUUUGUUUUUGAACUUUUAAAUAUUACCACUUAAUUUUGUUACUCCUUGAUAGUAAGUAUGAAGUUUUAAUGAUGGUAUGUUUUUCUUACAUUGUGGGUUAAUCAGAAAAUCAGUACAAAAUCAAAUGCAGCUUUCUUUAUGAGCCCUAAAUUUGGUGGUCAGUUGAUUGGUCAAUUGACUAGUUAAUGGACUGAUUGAUUGAUUUUUUUAUUGGUUAUUCAGUUGAUUUAUUCGCAUUAUGAGACAUUAAUAAAUUCGGAAUUAGACUUGAGGAGGCUUUGCAUUGAGGGCGACAACAGUCCCUUGAAUGCUAUUGCUCUUAUGUGCCCUACCUCCAAUCCAAUUAAAUUGUUGGUAACAAGUUAACAUAAAGACAGGUGUAUCAUGUGAUUUAUGAAUACAUAUGAUGUGCAAGGUAAAUGGGCUUGUCCGGAGUGUCAAUCAAACUUAACAACAAUAUCCAAAGGGUGGGGCUUAACAGAAAUGUCCAUUAUCUUAAGGUUGAUUUGACUUGCUGACAUGUAUAACCUUAUUUCUGAAUGUUUACUCUUCACAUUUUGUCUAUUUCAUUCAGAAGCAUUCAAGUUGUAAGUACUCUAUUCAUCUACAAAUAUUUUGUUUUUUGACAUGGAGUCAUAUGAGGCAAUAAUUCCAUAAAUAAUGAAAAUAUUUUAAGCAAGUAUUUCUUUAUUUUCACGGUGCUAUAUUGUUGCUGAUGCUUUACAAUGAUGUUGCUGUUUUGCAAUUAAUCUCACAUUAAUAUUUUUCCAGUUCAUUUAUCAUUUCUCCAUAGAUUAUUUCAGUACUUGGCUUAGAAAAGGGACAAACCUUUAUAAAGGGGGGUUUAUGUUAAUUGUUGGCUACUCCAAUAAAUUAAAUAUUAGACCGAAACUGUAUGUAAAUUUUAAACGUUGACAAAGAAACUCUGAGAAAAUGUAUAGAUUUUUGUGUGAGCUACAAGAGACGACAGUAUGAAUGUUUCGUAUGUAAGGAUGAAUAGACAAAAAUCAAGCGUAGGUACUUGGAAAUUAAACUACAUACAAUAUGAUA